CAUCGUUGCGCCGCAUCGCAUUCAGCCUCGGGUCGCCGCCGGUUGAGCGCGCGUUUUGUUAUAUCACAAACUCCGUGCGCAACCUACAUCAACAAUAAAGCCAUUAGUCCUACAUUGCUUGAGAAAGUGAUCAAUCAUUAUCAUCGUGGAACAUGAUAGGUGACGAAGAACGGGUUCAUCAGUGCGGUGAUUGCGGCUUGACACUCUCUACCCGGAGUGCUCUAACGGCUCACGCACGCUCCCACCGUGUUGCUGCUGAUGCUCAUCGAUGUGAUGUAUGUCACAAAACUUUUGCUGUUCCUGCGAGAUUAGUCCGGCAUUAUAGAACUCAUACCGGUGAGCGACCCUUUGAAUGUGAGUACUGCCACAAGAUGUUUAGUGUCAAAGAGAAUCUUCAAGUACACCGUCGUAUUCAUACGAAAGAGAGACCGUAUCGCUGUAACGUCUGCGACGCAGCCUUUGAACAUUCGGGAAAGCUUCACCGACAUGCUCGAAUUCAUACUGGUGAACGUCCUCAUGCUUGCCCACAUUGUGACAAGACAUUUAUCCAGUCUGGUCAGUUAGUUAUUCAUCUACGAACACACACUGGAGAAAAGCCUUAUCGGUGCCCUGCACCUGGAUGUGGAAAAGGAUUUACUUGCUCAAAGCAAUUAAAAGUGCAUUCUCGAACCCACACAGGCGAACGGCCUUAUACUUGUGAUAUUUGCCUUCGAGAUUUUGGAUAUAAUCAUGUGUUAAAACUGCAUCGUUUUCAACAUUAUGGUGAACGUUGCUAUCGUUGCACAGUAUGCGAUGGAACAUUUAACACUAAAAAACAAAUGGAGGCACAUAUUUAUAAAGAGCAUGGUGCUGAAACUCCUCGCACACAAACAUUACAGUCAUCAGUGCCAAUUGUAGUGAAUGGUAACGUAAUGUGCGAUUUAGUAGAAGCCGCUCUUCAACAAUUGCCUCCAACACCACCUAGUUCUCCGCCUUCUCCGCAAUGUCAGAGUGCACCGAUUGCUGUUGCUGCUCCGUCGUCUCUAUCUCCGAUACCUUUACCUAGUCAAGCUCCGACUCCUUCGCAGUAUAUAUCCGUACAUUCUACAUUACCACCGCGAAAGCGCAAGUUUAUACCUCAGCCUGAGCCGGCACCUGUGCCAGUCGUGCGACAUACUUCUGUUAUACAAUUUGCACCUGCAGUGGUCGAUGCAUCCUAGCUAGCUUUAAGAAUAAUAUUAUAGUGUAAUGAUAUUCAAUAAUAUGUACUAAGUAUUUAAUAAAGAACGUGCUUUUAUGCUAAUUUUAUUGUUGAUGAUGUGCAAACUUUGUAGUAGGUACCUAGUUACAGCAUCGUUCGUAGCGUGAUUUAUUUUGUUAUUCUUUCAUUUAUAGGGUUGCGAGUAGGCUAAGUCUUUUUUAUUUAAGUGUAGUUUAGUUAAUAAGUACAUAGGUAUUAAUAGAAAAAUAAUUAACAUUUAAAAGACUUCGUAUAAGCAGCAUUUGUGCCGUCGUUGUAAUUUUUAUAUUCAUCUACAAUAAUGUACUUUCCUAUUAAAUAAUAUAAUGAAGGA